CGGGAGGACCGGGGGCGCUGGGCGGGUAGCGGGGUGGCAGGGCUGCCGGGCGGCCGCCGUGGGUGGGCCGUACCCCGGGCUGCACUGGGGCCUGCGCGGAGGCCACCGGUGGCGGGGGCAACUGCGGGGGCGCGCCCGAGGCUGGGGCGCCGGGGGAGGUCGGGCUGCGGCCCAGGAGGGGGCCCGGGAGGACCUGGCCGCCGCCCCGGCACUGAAGCGCCUCCUCCGCGAUGUGUCCCCGCCUCGGUGUGCGGGAAGCGGGCUCAGGGAGCCUCUCCCUCGGCGGCGCCCAGAGCCCGGCUCUCAGGGGUGCGGCGGGGACAGGCCGCGUUGGCUGAUGUGAUCCGGAGCAGCAGACCCGCCCUGGGCCCUUCUCCUUGGGAAUUUGAAGAAGACCCACUUUCAGUCCAGAGGCCGACGGGAGCGUUGGGCGCCUUUUGCAGAAGGAUUGUUUUGCUUGGGAAUGUGGUGUGUCUGUAGAAGGCUGGGAAGGAACGAAAUCUGUUACCAUUUCCUCCACCAAACAGACACCCUCUGGAGCUGAAAGCCUCAGGCGCGAGCGCUCUCACGCCCCCAUCUCCGGUCCUGCCGGCGUCCGAGGCGGAUCCGUUCUAAAUAUAUUUCUGCAAGUUCUGGAAUUCUGGCUGUAUGAGGGUGCUCCUGGGUCCCUCCUCUCCUGCCUGUGUUUCUCUCAAAGAAGAUAGAGGCUUACACUCAACCAGCUGCCCCCAGGGAGGCUGUACCUAAGAGAGGAGCCGGUGUUUCAGAGUUGUCCAAGUCACAUUAGCCUCUCUGAGUCCCAGGUUCUGGGGCUGCAGGAACAUGCCAAAGCCUUGAGGGCAGGGACUGUGACCAAAGGAGGACCACACAACUGUGCAGCCUCUCAGCAGAGGUUCUGGCCGUUUCCUCACAGGAAGUGGACAAGCUCAAUCAGGUGGACAUCGCUAUGCUGCAGCAGCUCUUGAUCACCUUGCCCGCUGAGGCCAGCACCUGGGUGAAGUUGCACCAUCCAAAGAAGGCCAAGGAGGGGGUGCCCCUUUGGGAGGAGGUGACGAAGAUGUUUGAAGGAGAAGCUGUGCUAUCUCAGGGUGCUGAUGAGAUGCAGGGAGAAAGUUUAAAGGAUGAAGGGACUUCUGGGGCCCAGACAGCAGAAUUCCAGGAACUGUUGACCUUCAAGGACAUAACUGUGAACUUCACCCAAGAGGAGUGGGGUCAACUUACCCCUGCUCAUCAGAAUCUGUACCGAGAGGUGAUGCUGGAGAACUACAGGAACUUGGUCUCAGUGGCAGGAUAUGAAUUUUCCAAACCUAGGGUGAUUUCUCAGUUGGAGAAAGGAGAAGAGCCAUGGAUAACAGAGAAAGAAGGCCCGGGACAUCCCAAUACAGACAUGAAGAGUAAAACAGAAACCAGUACAUCAACUGCAAAGAAUGACAUUUUACAGGAACAGUUAUAUCAAGGCAUUAUGAUGGAAAGGUUCGUGAGGGAUGAUGUAAUUGAUUCCACAUUGCGAAAAGUCUCCAAAUAUGAUGAGUUAGAAAGGCAUCAGGACACCAAUGGAAGAAAUGUAAGACAAGCCAUCUUGCUCCACAAAAAGAGAGGCCAAGAAACUAACAAAUUUGGGGAAAAUAUUAUGAAUUCAAAUGUUGUUAUAGAACAGAGGUACUGUAAAUAUGACACACUGAGAAAGAGGAACAAAUACAAAUUAGAUCUGAUUAGUCAUCCAACAAGUUACAUAAGAACAAAAACCCAUGAAUGUAAUAUAUGUGAAAAAAUCUUCAAGCAACCCAUUCAUCUUACUGAACACAUGAGAAUUCAUACUGGUGAGAAACCUUUCAGAUGUAAGGAAUGUGGAAGGGCCUUUAGUCAAAGUGCUUCUCUUAAUACCCACCAGAGAAUCCAUACUGGUGAGAAACCUUUUGAAUGUGAAGAAUGUGGCAAAACCUUCAGACAUCGCUCCUCUCUUAAUCAGCACCACAGAACUCACACUGGAGAGAAACCUUAUGUAUGUGACAAAUGUCAGAAAGCUUUCAGCCAGAACAUUAGCUUGAUCCAACAUUUGAGAACUCAUUCUGGAGAGAAACCCUUUACGUGCAAUGAAUGUGGGAAAACCUUUCGACAAAUUAGACACCUAAGUGAACAUAUAAGAAUUCAUACUGGAGAGAAGCCCUAUGCAUGCACUGCAUGUUGUAAAACCUUUAGUCAUAGAGCGUAUCUAACACAUCAUCAGAGAAUCCAUACUGGGGAGAGACCUUACAAAUGUAAAGAAUGUGGGAAAGCCUUUAGGCAGAGGAUCCACCUUAGCAACCAUAAAAUUGUUCAUACAGGAGUGAAAGCAUAUGAAUGCACACGGUGUGGAAAAGCCUAUAGACAUGAUUCAUCCUUUAAGAAACAUCAGAGACAUCACACUGGAGAAAAACCUUAUGAAUGUAAUGAAUGUGGAAAAGCCUUCAGCUAUAAUUCAUCACUUACUCGGCACCAUGAAAUACACAGGAGGACUGCCUUCAGAAAUAAUGUGUAAAAAUAAAUUAUAAAAAAAAUUAUCCAACAUGAGAACAAAAGCCAAGUUUAAGUCAGUGAUUCUAUGCUUUUUAAUUUCAGAACUCUAAAUAUUUAUUGAUAUAAUGAUGUCAACUUCUAAUUUUGCCCAUUGUGUAAAUAAACACUUCAUUGAUAACUAUCUAUACUUCCAUACAAAGUACUUAAAAAUAAAGGAUGGUCCUUCCAAUUAAAUUCAGCAAUAUGAAAAAAGUAACACUUUAUUAUUUUUCUGA